AAAUCAGUAUAUCGACGGUGCCUCAAAUGGGCCGUUCAAGCUUGAUGUUGAGGUAUAACUCUUUUGAAAGCUCUCAGUCAGGCGCUGAGAAGCAUGUCAGAUUCUGUUGACCGAGUAUUCGUCCAUGCACUUAGCACGGUCAAGAAGAUUCCCCGCACGGGGUCCGCGCGACCGCCGCCUGCGGAGCGUUUAAAACUAUAUGGCUUGUACAAGCAGAGUAUGGAAGGAAAUGUCGUUGGGAUAAUGGAUAGACCUGCUGGCGAUAAUGACGAGGAACGCGCAGAGCGGGCCAAAUGGGAUGCCUGGAAUCAACAGCAUGGACUCUCAAAGACGGAAGCCAAGCGGCGUUACAUUUCUACUUUGAUUGAUGCUAUGCAUAAAUAUGCUUCAUCUACAUCAGAAGCCCGGGAACUUGUAUCAGAGCUGGAAUUCGUUUGGGACCAAAUCAAAUCGAAUGCGCCGUCUUCAUCUUCAUCACCACCUCUACAAACGAAUGACGUUCCAGUCGCACAGAGCUUGAGCGGACAGGAAAAGAGUGGCUUGAAGAUUCUCAACCCUGUCUCACCUGGCGAUGACGAAGGACAUGAGCUCCGAGAAUAUGUGGAGGCCAAAACCGUUGAUAUCAGCGACAUAGACAGCGACGAAUAUGAAAAUGUCACAGAAAGGGACGAAAGCGGCUCUUUUGCUCGACGAAAAUUCACUGACGAAAUGCGCAGACCCCACCGGGACUGGAGAAGGCAAGUGGAGCAAGCGCUGGUUAAAAUUACGGCAGAGAUUGCAGCACUGCGCGAACAGAUCGAGUCUUCUCAUCGCCGCAGCGUCAAGAAGCGUCCCCCGCUUGUAGCCUUCGUUCUAUGGGCCAUGGGCACAUCUAUCCGUCAUCUUUUGAUAGAUACGAUCAUUGUAGGUGUAUUAUUCCUAUGGAUGCGACGGCGAAAAGAUCCAAGGCUAGAAGAUGCCCUAAAAGUUAUAUUCAAUGUGCUCCGAGAAUAUGCGAGGCGAUUGAGGUAUAGAAAACGGCGUUGAUGAUCGUACCAUAGAACCCUGUAUAUAUGUGUGAAAUAAUAUCCUACUAUAUAUAUUUCCCACUCUCUAUAUAAACCAUUUUUGCUAAGACAGGUGGCCAGUGGCAUUGAGAAAAGCCAUGUUUGAUCCUAUGGAAGGCGUGAAGUUUUCAUAUUUCUUGGAUACAUUCCAAAACAAUGUUUAUUUAUGGGUAGACCUAUAAUUUCAGGCAUG